CGUAUCUCUAACUGGCUGGUUGGCACUGGCAGAUACACAGUGGACUUUGUAACCUUUUUAGAAUUUAUUUUUCAUUGAGUGGUAUUUUAUUAAAAUUUGUUUAAUACUGGCUGGCAAAAUGUUUUCGCCAUCUGCAAGGCAUUUGUUGUAUUCUACCCAGUUGCGUAGAUUACAGAGCACGUUGGUCAUCGCCGAACACAAUAAUGAGGCGUUAUCUGCAGUUACCCAGAAUGCCUUGAGCGCAGCCAAGAAAAUCGGUGGAGAUAUUUCAGUACUAGUUGCAGGCACUAAAUGUGGUCCAGCAGCCGAGAAGAUUGCCAAGGCCGGUGGUAUUUCCAAGGUCCUUGUAGCUGAGAGUGAGGCAUUCAAAGGCUUUACUGCGGAAUCACUCACUCCUCUUAUCCUUGCAACUCAGAAACAGUUCAACUUUACGCACAUCUUGGCCCCAGCCACUGCCAUUGGAAAGGCUGUGCUUCCGCGAGUAGCGGCCAAGCUGGAUGUGUCGCCAAUCACUGACAUAAUUGGUGUCAAGGACGCUAAUACAUUUGUGAGGACCAUCUAUGCUGGAAAUGCAGUGCUGACACUUGAAGCCAAGGAUGCAAUUAAAGUCAUCACUGUGCGAGGCACUGCCUUCCCCCCUGAUUCCCUAGAAGGAGGCUCCGCUGCUGUGGAGAAGGCUCCUGAAGGGGACUAUAAGACUGACUUGGUCCAGUGGGUGUCACAGGAGCUCUCCAAAUCGGACAGGCCCGAGCUUACCAGCGCUAAGAAUAUUGUGUCUGGAGGCCGUGGUCUGAAGUCGGGCGACAACUUCAAGCUCCUGUAUGACCUAGCUGACAAGCUGAACGCUGCCGUGGGAGCCUCCCGCGCGGCUGUCGACGCUGGCUUCGUGCCCAACGACCUGCAGAUUGGCCAGACUGGCAAGAUUGUUGCCCCAGACCUAUACAUCGCUGUGGGCAUCAGCGGCGCCAUCCAGCAUCUCGCUGGCAUGAAGGACUCCAAGACCAUCGUCGCCAUCAACAAAGACCCUGAAGCACCCAUUUUCCAGGUAUCUGACUAUGGUCUGGUCGCUGAUUUGUUCAAGGCCGUCCCAGAGUUAACUGGCAAGUUGUAAGCCAGCUGCCGCAACAACAUUUUUUAGCUAAUAGUAUAAUUAAAACUUGUCAUUACCUCCAAUUCCGCACCUUGAGAUUUUUCGAAAAUUGUACAAUUGUUAAUAUGUAAUCUUGAUCAUGUGUAAAAUUGAUAUUUAUACAAAUAAAUACUGUUA